AAAAUUGCGAUUAUGAGUAAAAUAUGCGGAAAUAUGCUGUAAAAUUUAAAAUAUGCAAAAAUAUGCUGUAAAGAACAAAAUAUGCAAAAAUAUGCUCUUAUAAAUCGAUGCCAAAAUUCGUUAAAUUGUCUGAAAUGGAUAAAUAGCCAACUCGUGUGUCCAUACGACGCGCAGCAAAAAAUAUGAUAUUGCAUAUUUUUGGUUGCCCUGGUAAUCAGUAACUCAAAUAACUUCUAAAUAGUGCGAUUUAACAACAAAAUACAAGGGUCCAUCUGUAAAACUAUGAAAUAAAAUUUUACAUAGUUUUAUUUUUUUAUUAACCUAAACCACAUUGGUGAGGGUAUUAUGCGUUUGUGCUGCUGAAUGUAACGUCCAAACAUAUUGGCUCUUAAAGUAUCUGCUCAGAAUUGCUUUCUGAGUCUGUCCAUCCAGAUAACUUGAUGAAAUUUGGCACACACAUCUCUCCCACCCUAGCCCAUACAAAAUAUCCCUCAGAAAAUGGAUUUACGUCUAUAAUUCACUUAAAAUCGUUACCUCGCGUUAAAAUUCAAAACAAAUAUAAUUUAUACAAAAAUAAAUCCAUUCACCAAAUUUUAUUAGGAUCAGGACCCACUCCCACAUAUAAACCCUCUUUCAAGCGUACGAACGCAUUGAUCACAAACAAAAUAAAAUGCCAAACCUAAUAUUCAAAUCAUUGUCCACCACUUCUUCGAACGGUAUCAAUGGCAAUAACAAUUUCUCGAGCAGUUCAAUAUUGCUACGGAAUUUUAUUGAAACAAAUUCGGACUGCGGUGCUAAUGCAGUGGAAAGAUGUAAACCGCCAUUAUAUUCAAAGCCUAAAACACCGUCGUUUGAUAAGGAUCGUGACUAUAUAGGCUUUGCAACCUUACCUGAACAAGUGCACAGGAAAUCAGUAAAAAGAGGAUUCGAAUUUACUCUUAUGGUGGUGGGCGAAUCCGGUCUAGGAAAAUCGACGUUGGUGAACAGUUUAUUCCUAGGAGAUCUGUAUAAGAAUAGAAUUUUUCCACCAGUAGAAGAACGAAUUGAAAAAACGACACGAAUCGAAAAGAAAACUAUGGAUAUCGAAGAAAGAGGUGUUCGCUUACGUUUAACUGUUGUCGACACGCCAGGCUUCGGUGAUUCUAUAAAUUGUGAAGACAGCUGGAGAGUGUGCACAGCGUAUAUUGAUGAACAGUUUCGACAAUAUUUUACGGAUGAAAGUGGAUUAAACAGGAGAAAUAUACAGGAUAAUAGAGUGCAUUGUUGCUUAUAUUUUGUGCCACCGUGGGGACACAGCUUACGUCAAAUGGAUUUGGAUUUAUUGAGGCGAUUACAUCGAAAAGUCAAUAUUGUACUAGUAAUUGGAAAAUCAGACUGUUUAACUAAGUCCGAAGUUCGAAAUUUAAAGGAACGCAUCUUAAGAGAUUUGGAAGAUAGUCAUAUACAGUUGUAUCAAUUUCCCGAAUGUGACUCAGAUGAGGAUGAAGAUUUUAAACAACAGGAUCGCGAUCUAAAAGCUUCUAUACCAUUUGCUGUUGUAGGAAGCAAUGCGAUUCUCGACAUAGCUGGAAAAAAAGUUCGUGGACGACAGUACCCUUGGGGAGUAGUCAAUGUUGAAGAUCCGGAGCACAGUGAUUUCAUUAAAUUAAGGACCUUCCUAAUUUCGACUCACAUGCAAGACCUAAAAGAUACUACUCAAGAUGUACAUUAUGAAAAUUUUCGUGCUCAAUGUAUUUCACAAAUUUCGCAACACGCCCUGCGAGAACGUGGCAAAUUGAAGCGCGAUUCAAUCAGUUCUACAAAUGGAUUUGAAGCAGCAAUUUCUGAAACUGAUCGUUUGUUAUUACAGAAAGAUGAGGAAAUCCGACGCAUGCAAGAUAUGCUAACCCAGAUGCAGGAAAAACUUAAGCAGACACAUAUUAUGGAGAUGAAGAAGAACGACACUGUCAUCGAUGUUUAAAGUUCAAAACUGCCAAAAAGAGAGGGGCAUUUUAUUUGACUUAUUUUCUUUGAAAUUUCAUUCCAAGUAAAAAGUCGUACGGUCUUGACUUUCAUAACGUAUAUGUCCCUAAAAAUUACACAGUGCUACAAAAUAAAAACACUAUUAUACGCCAACAAAAUAAAUUGGCAUAGCUGAAGGCCGAUUCAGUAAUCUCUAAUAA